AUGGGGCCGACGGGUUUCGGGGUGCUGGGGGCGAUGGGGCUGGCGCUGAGCUGCGGGGCAGCAGCCCCAGCGCUGUGCCCACCCCGUGCCCCCAACACAGGCGCCUUCGUGGUGCACGUGGCCAGCUCCUGCCCGCUGACAGCCAACGGCUCCCUGGGGGGCUUUGACCUCACCGUGGCCUUCAACAAGAACCCCCUGGUGUGCUACGACCCCGACACCCACAUCUUCUACCCCUGUGACGGGGGGCUGCUGCACAACUUUGCCACUUUUGUCGCCUUCAUCCUAAAUGAUAAUGCCACGUGGGUGCAGCGUGCAGAGGCGCGCAGACAGGCGUGCACUGAGCUGUCUGCACAGUUCUGGGCACAGACAGCACUGCGGAGGACACCACCCCAGGUCCGCAUCGUCCCCAUCCGCAUCGCCAACGACCCCGACACUGUCCGCCUCAUCUGCCACGUCUGGGGCUUCUUCCCACCCGCAGUGACCAUCCAGUGGCUGCAAAACGGCCUCGUGUUGGCCUCGGAUGACACCGAACUGCUGCCCAACGGCAACUGGACCUACAGGACACAGACGACGCUGAGGGCCAGCACUGCGGCGGGGAGCACCUACACGUGCUCAGUGUGGCACUCCAGCCUGGAGCAGCCGCUGCAGGUGGACUGGAGUCCCAAUUUGUCUCUGGGAAUGAUGGCGCAGGUGGCAGUGGCGGCCAUGGCGCUGACCUUGGGGUUGGUGGCAUUCAGCGCUGGGGUUUUCAGCUUCUGUCAGCGGCCAUGGGGUCCUGGUGCUGGUUCCAGUCCCCAUCCUGAUGCGGGUUCUGAUUCCAGUCCUGGUCCUCAAAAUGAUCCCCGCCCAAGUUCUGGUCCCCAUCCCGGUCCUGGUCCUCAUUCUGGUUCUGGUCCCCAUCCUGGUCCUGGUCCUCAUUCUGGUUCUGGUCCUAGUCCUGGUCCUGGUCCUCAUUCUGCUUCUGACCCCCACCCCGGUCCUGGUCCCCAUCCCAGUGCUGGUCCUCAUUCUGCUUCUGAUCCUCACCCCGGUCCUGGUCCCCAUUCCAGUGCUGGUCCCGGUCCUGGCUCUACUCCUGGUCCCUAUCCCUGACCCUGGUCCCGGUUCCCAUCCCGAUGCCAGUCCCAGUCGUGGUCCCCAUCCUGGUCCUGUUCCCCAGUUUGGGACCUCAAUGACCGGAACUCCCAUGUCCCAGCAUGGGGACCCCCAAUUUGGGGUGAGGGGUUCUCACCCCCCAAUAAAACCA